AUGGCUACCGGCUCCAGCUCCAGCGGGACGUCAGAUCAAAACCUAUUCCCCCCUGCUAACAAUCAAACGCGGCCAGAUGCAUUGUUGGACCAGGGCAGCCGCGAGAGACAACAGCUCCAUUCCCCGACAAGCUUUGAACCGGAUAGCAAUGAGGAAGUUCAAAACGAGUCGAGACAAAAUAUCAGUGAGCCAUGCUGGCUGGAAUCAUCUUCAACAACAUCGGUAAAUGACUCUGUCGAAUAUUCACUUCAAUCCCCAAGACACAAUAGUAAUCUGCAUGACUCCGAACGACCUUCGUUUUCCUCACUUUACUCUCUCGGGUCAGGUAGUCAUACUGGCUCUCAUACGCCGCCCCAUGAUGCUGCCUCGCUUAAAAGUGGCACAGAUGACAGUGCGAAACCUGCUGCAUGUUCUUCCAAUAAUGGCUAUGUCCGAAUGGAGAACAAGUCUUCAGCUCUGUCUCCUGAAUCCUCUGCUGCUCGCCCAGCUUAUCCUGCUCCCAAUCCUACAAACGGCUCUAAUGGACCUCAUAUUUCACGAAGUGAAGCAACUUCUGAAGCACGGCAGACUAGUCGCAUAUCACGUUCCACCCGUUCAUCAAGUAGAGCACCGAGAAGAUUGAGUGGGAGUACAGCUGCUAGCUCUGCCAGCGAUAUGGAACCAAAACCGCCCUUUAUCGGGAGGAUCGGUGUUUGUGCUCUAGAUGUCAAAGCCCGCAGCAAACCGAGUCAAAAUAUCCUUACUCGUCUUCAAUCAAAAGGAGAUCUGGAAGUUAUUGUCUUCGGUGAUAAAGUCAUCCUGGAUGAAGCGGUAGAAAACUGGCCGAUAUGCGACUUUUUGAUAGCUUUCUUUUCCGAUGGGUUUCCUUUGGACAAAGCCAUUGCCUAUGCCAAACUACGAAAGCCGUUCUGCGUCAACGAUUUGCCCAUGCAGAAAGUUUUAUGGGAUCGCAGACUUUGUCUGAAAGUACUGGAUCAGAUGGGCGUUCCUACACCAAAGAGAAUUGAGGUAAACCGUGACGGUGGGCCGACUUUGGAAUCUCCUGAACUCGCACAACAUGUCUACAACUUAACCGGCGUGAAACUCGAGGGUCCUGAAGACGGAACUGGUGGAGGAGCUACCAAGACGCAGACGGUGUCACUUUCUGAUGAUGGAGAGGCGCUCAUUGUCGAUGGAAAGACAUUCAGAAAACCAUUCGUUGAAAAACCAGUUAACGGAGAAGACCAUAAUAUUCACAUCUACUUCCCGAAAGAUCAGCAGUACGGCGGUGGGGGAAGAAGGCUCUUUCGAAAAGUUGGAAAUAAGAGCUCCGAAUAUGAUCCCAAUCUUGUCGUGCCAAGAUCCGUGACCGAGAAAAAUACCAGCUACUUAUACGAACAGUUCCUGAGAGUUGAUAACGCGGAGGAUGUGAAGGCCUAUACAGUUGGUCCCGACUUUUGCCAUGCUGAAACACGCAAAUCACCUGUGGUUGAUGGAGUAGUGCGGCGAAACACACAUGGUAAGGAAUUAAGGUAUAUUACGAACCUCAGCAAAGAGGAAGCUGCUAUGGCCGCAAAGAUAUCAAAUGGAUUUGGCCAGAGGAUUUGUGGUUUCGACAUGCUUCGGGUAGGAGACAGAAGUUAUGUCAUUGACGUCAAUGGGUGGAGUUUUGUCAAGGACAAUAAUGAUUACUACGAUAAGUGUGCAAAGAUCCUUAGAGAGAUCUUCCUGAAUGAGAAGCGCAGAAGGGAUGGAUAUGGAUUGCCACAGCAAUUGGACCCUCCCUCGCCAGAUACGAGUUCUUCCAAGAGGAGUAAUACGGGCUCUCACAGAAAUGCAUUGAAGACCCUUCUAAAGUCCCCGAGCAUGUCGAGACUUCAUGGUACUCAACAUAAUCACAGAAGCCACGGAAUUGUGCCUCCAGAUACCGUCGUUGCCCAAGGAUCACUGACAUCACCAUCGGGAAGUGACAACGGCAAUUUCGCAAAAUCCUCAACAGCCUAUAGUCACAGAGAAGAGCUACCAACCCCGGCCAGUGUCAAUGUACCCAGUACCAAGUCGCCUGCUCUUUCGGUGUCAAACGAUGAAGGCAAUCCCCCUCCCCCAGCAUCCAAGCAUUCGUGGAAGUUGAAGGGCAUGGUAGCAGUCAUAAGGCAUGCAGAUCGUACUCCGAAACAAAAGUUCAAAUUUACCUUCCAUAGCCAGCCUUUUGUCGACUUAUUAAAAGGCCACCAGGAGGAAGUCGUUAUCAAGGGCGAGGCUGCCUUAGCAAGUGUCUCUCAUGCGGUCAAAGUCGCCAUGGACCAAGGACUGGAAGACAUGGAGAAGCUCAAGCUUCUUCGCACUUCCCUGGAGAGGAAAGGUAGUUGGCCUGGAACGAAGGUCCAGAUAAAACCAAUGUUUCGCAAGCGGAGACCUGAAGAAAUGCGCGAGGGGAUGUCUCAGACGAAUCCAUUGACAGGUUCUCUUCAGAGUGGUCCUGAAGAGCCCAUUUCGCCUGGGAACGAUGCUUCUCCCGAUAACGAGAACUUAACUCGCUCGCAAACAAGAAGUGACUCCAUUUCUGGUGCCACUUUUUCCCGGUUUUCAGCUGUUGAGAAUGAUCUCAUUCUAGACAAACUCCAGCUCGUUAUCAAAUGGGGAGGGGAGCCUACCCAUGCUGCUCGUUAUCAAUCUCAAGAUCUUGGUUUGAAUAUGAGGGACGAUUUGAAAUUGAUGAACAAAGAAGCUCUUAACGAUGUUCGGAUAUUUACCAGUUCGGAGCGCAGAGUUAGCACCAGCGCCCAAAUCUGGGCUUGUGCAUUCCUUGACGAAAAGGAACUUCCUGAUGACUUCAUACAAGUACGAAAGGAUCUCCUUGAUGAUUCAAAUGCUGCCAAGGAUGUCAUGGACAAGGUUAAGAAGAAGUUGAAACUUCUUCUCAGAGAAGGGUCUGCUCCUUCACAAUUUACCUGGCCGAAAGAUAAUUUUCCAGAACCCUCGGUUGUUCUUGCGACGGUUGUGGAAUUGAUGAAGUUCCACAGAAAGGUCAUGCGUCACAACUUCAAGAAGCUUUCCCGCUCCCAAAGUCUGCUCCAACAAGCUGCAAGGGCAACAGAGAAUGCUUCUGCACAGCAUCAGCCAAAAGUCUAUGACAAUUCUGCAUUGGCAGCUAUUCAGGGACGCUGGUGUGCAGGUGAGGACCCUAAUUUAUUCAAAGAGAGAUGGGAGAAACUCUUUGCGGAGUUUUGCGAUACGGAAAAAGUCGACCCUAGCAAGCUCUCGGAGCUUUAUGAUAGUAUGAAGUUCGAUGCUCUUCAUAAUCGACAAUUCUUGGAAUGGGUCUUCACACCUCCGGACGACUUCGAUGACAGCAAUAGCGGGAUCGAACAGUAUGACUCUCUCCAAAACGGCGAAGAGGGCGACAGAGGCAAGGCUGAGGAAAGAGCUGACAACAACACCUUUGCACAUCGAUUCGGGCUGAAGAGAAGGGCGCAGACAGUUUUGGAGUCAAUGCAGCAAUUCGGAAGUCUAGAGGACGCUUAUGAUCAUUACUUCAAGCUGCAAAGCAGUCCCAGCUCGAGACAGACGAAUGCGAAUGAACGGCUGUCGAAACUCAGAGAAUUGUAUAAACUAGCGAAAGUUCUUUUCGACUAUAUCACACCACAAGAAUACGGAAUCACGGACAGUGAAAAACUAGAAAUCGGACUUCUGACAUCUUUGCCAUUGCUUCAGGAGAUUGUUCGGGACCUGGAGGAAGUCCAGGCCUCGCCAAAUGCUAAAUCAUUUUUCUACUUCACAAAGGAAUCACACAUAUACACCUUACUGAAUUGCAUUCUCGAAGGUGGAAUUCAGACCAAAAUUGCGAGGAGUGCGAUUCCGGAGUUGGACUACCUGUCCCAGAUCUGCUUUGAGCUUUACGAGGCUAAGGACAGUGAGACUGACACAUUUUCAUACUCAAUUCGCAUUUCCAUUAGUCCUGGCUGCCAUACGUUCGAUCCGCUCGACGUGCAGCUCGACUCGAGGCAUGCACUUGGAUGCGCUCCUCGCAGAAGUCUGACGGCGCAUCAGGACUGGAAAGAAGUCAUUGAAACUCUCAAGGCAAAAUUCGACACUGUGAAACUCCCUAAAACGUUCAUCGCUGUGAACUUGAGUGAUAAGCAUGCCGCCAACAGAAUAGAAUCCCUCACAAUCUUUGUGACCAUCUUGAUGCCUGAAAUUCCGGGCUUCGUGGAUGGCAAGGAGAUCCGGCUGGAAGUAACUGAUGGAAAUCUCCAAUGGCACGAUGUUCAAAGACUUGAACAAGGUUCGAUUGAUGCCAGCGAGAUAAUCUGUGUCCUGCCACACCGUUCAAAUCAGAAUGGUGGCUUUGAAAUCCUAUUCGUCCACACAUUAUCCCAGCUACCCAAAACGGCACCAGAAAAUGAAUCGCCACGUCUAGGAACUUUAUGGGCCUCAGAUUUACCGCACUCCCUGUUGUCCCAACACCUUUGCGUUGACAUACCAAAUCACCUAAAACUGCCUUGUUCAGACGGGGAGGCGAACAUCCACAUUAUAAUAUCUAUACUUUCAGGGACAAGGCAGGCAAAGAGCUUCUUCCAAAAUGUCUUUGAGCCCUUCCUGUCUCAUCUGGGUGCGAUCAACUAUCAAGUUCACGAGACAAAAUCAGAACAAACUAUUCUUGAAUUGGCUCGUUCAUUAUUUCUUCCUCGAGCUAGAAAGGGAAUACCACAAACAAUUGUAUUGUUAUCUGGGGAUGGAGGACUCGUUGAUCUCAUCAGAGUCUUCUUUACUGAGAACGAGGCAGCGCCCAUUGAGAAUCCAAGCAUUGCAUUAAUACCUUUGGGAACGGGUAAUGCGAUGGCGAAUUCCAUUGGCCUUCUUUCACGCCAAACGUUUGGACUUGAGACAUUGUUGCAUGGUGUACCUCGACCACUGCCAACAUUUGUGGCUACAUUCUCUCCACAGGCCAAAUAUGUUACGAACGAAGGCCGGGGACGAGAGGAGAUAGGAACUGCUUCAUCAGAUCCUUGGGGGGCCAAAAUUUACGGCGCAGUGGUCGCCAGCUGGGGACUCCACGCAUCCCUAGUUGCAGACAGCGAUACAGUCGAGUAUCGUAAAUUUGGACCCGACAGGUUCAAGAUGGCAGCUCAGGAGCUCUUAUUCCCUUCUGAUGGUACUGAGACCCAUCGGUAUAAGGGGACCAUCAAGCUUACCACCAGGAAUGGGCCGGGUGGCGAAGGACAUACAAGAACACUUGGCACAACGGAUCACAUGUACGUACUGACUACUUUGGUAUCAAAGUUGGAGAAAGGAUUUACGAUAUCACCGGAGUCCUCACCCUUGGAUGGUCGCCUACGCGUCGUUUAUUUCGCAUCAAUGCCUCCGAGAGAGGCAAUGGAUCUAAUGGCUCUAGCUUACCAAGGCGGUCGUCAUGUGUACCAGGAUGUUGUUACUUACGAGGAGAUCGAGAGCAUCAAAAUUGAUUUUGAUGAAGAGGAUGAGAGAUGGAGACGCGUUUGUAUCGACGGCAAGGUGAUCAUGGUGGAACAAGGGGGCUGGGUUGAGGUGCGCAAGGAAACUAAAGAAGUGUUAAAUCUAAUUGUUCCUCUAUAA